AUGCUUUACGUAGAAGUUUUACCAGCAAUUACAAAUGAAAGUUUAACAGCUGGAAUUUGUAAAGCAUUAUUAGAAUAUUAUGUAUACUUAGAAAAUCCUUCCAGCUAUUAUAUCGAAAAAAAAUUAAAGUAUCCAGAAGAUAUCCAAGUGUAUUCAAGUACUCGUAGAGAUCGCAGGACAUCGUUCAGAAGUAAAACAAUAAUUAAUGAAUUUGCAGAUGUAAAUCAACCAGGUCCUAGUGGCAUGAGUGCAAGUGGUCGAGGACACGUCGAAGAGGCAGAUUGGAUGGAUAAAUUAUUUAGUGUCAAAAAAAAGAAAAUUGUUCGACCAACAAAACUGGAUGAUCGACAGCCUAGUACCAUUUCGAAAAAAAAACAUAUGUCGUCUGUGUUGCGGAUAAAACAGAGAGUAAGUUCACGGAAAUCGUCACGUGCAUGGGGAGAAGAUAGCCGUGAACAGUUUUUAACCAAAUUAACAAAAGAAAGUUCAGAACAUCGUAAAAAAGAUUAUUUAAAAAAAACAAUUGGAAAACAUGAUACAGAAGUUAUGGGAAUACAGAUUGUACCAUUAAUCGUUCCAAAUUCAUCCAAUGAAAUCAAUAAUCGAGAAAUAACGAUUGAAACAACCAAACCUAAAAUUAAUAUUCAAGAGCCAUUAAAACCAAAACAAUUUGAUCCUAAAACAACUAUUAAAGUAGUCGAACGAAAGAAAAUUGGAAAUUAA